AUGUUCGAAAUCGCAUUCCACGCCCUGACCCAAGGGUUCUAUCUGCUUGUCUUUGUCUUCCUUGUCCGUUGCUUGUCCUUACUCUGGAAGCACCCCUUCCCCGCCAAUGCCCCCAAGUUUAUCUCGGGAUCCCCGCUAGUGGGUGCCAUUCGGCUGUUCUCCGAUCGAAGAGGGUUUUGUCAUGGCAGCAAAGCAGCCUCUCCGACCGGAAACUACAGCUACUAUCUGGGUCGGAAUCGUGUCGUGGGCCUGUCCGGUCCCCAGGGCCGCAAGACAUUCUUCGAACACAAAGAUCUUUCCCUCGACCAAGGGGUUGAACUGUUCGUGGCUGUCACCAAUGUUUUCGAACAAGGUGAUGAUCCAUCCCUCGACACACAUGUCUCGUAUUUUCGGUCCACAGUGCGCACGGCGUUGCAGCGCAGCCAGAGCUUAGAGCUCGUACCCGCAGCCAUCGAGGCGUGCACCACGGCGAGCUUGAACCGCAUGCUGGCUAAAGGUCUGAUCGACCCUUUUCAGGAGCUGGGCUGGCUCUACGCGGAGUCGACCACGGCAGCCUUGGGAAUCGAUGACGUGGCGUCCUCUAUCAAUUACGAAAACGCCUUGCGUUAUAACAAUGAGCUGAAACCCUAUGGUUUGAUACUGCAGGAGAGGAGGCGUCUGAUUUGUACCCCGUCGGAAUGGAGCUGA